AGUCAUGUCAGUUUAUUAAGCAUGACUUCCGGCUGUAGGUGCAGGCAGGCUAGAAUCGUGAGAGUCGAGAAAACAAAGAUAAAAUAAAUAAAUGCACAUUUAUGGAUUCGCAUCAUUUGGAAGCGUUGAACGCUGUACUAUCGCACUUAAAUGAGCUAAAUUGCUAAAGCGCCCGAAGUGACUGACCUUAGGUCUUCAAACCGCUCUAAAUAUGAACAAGCAGCCCAGUAAGGAGUCUCUGAAGGACAAGGUGAAGGGGAUGCUGGGUCUGGGCCCAACACGCAUCUCCACCAAGCCCACUGAGGCCAAGCCCUCGGAAUUUAUAAUCACCUUGGACAUCCUCAAGGAGCUGAGCCCUGAAUGCGGAAUAAACAACCGGAUCAGAGUGAUCAAUCAUGUUUGUGACCUGGCUAAAUCCAAAAAAUUUGAAGAGAAUGCGGUGGAGGCUGUGUGGAAGGCGGUGGAGGACAUGCUUCAGCCAGACUCUCCACCCGAAGCUCGCCAUGCCGUCUUACAGCUGCUCCGAGCUAUUAUUCAUGGCCAGGGGGAGAGACUUGGCCCAUUGAGAGCUUAUUUCUUUAAACUGGUCUGGCUUUAUCAACCCUCCAACGAAGACCUUUCUGAGCGUCUGGAGGUUUUCAAAGCCCUCACUGAAAAUGGGAAAGACAUCACAUAUCUGGAGGAGACAUAGCACGGUUUGUGCUGCUCUGGAUGGACAUGGGCUUGACUGCUGACUUCCUGCAUGUCUUGGUCAACCUGGUGAAGUUCAACAGCUGCUACUUGG